CGCGUCAUCCCUGUGGCACCGCAGCAACACCGCCACAACACCUCACCUCCUUCCCCCCACCACCACUCUCAGCACCACCACCCCACCAGUCGCGAUGUCGUCGCUCGGUCCCUUCGUCGGCAAAACAGUAACAAUCAUCACCUCCGACGGCCGCACGCUCACGGGGCAGCUCCUGGGCCACGACCAGACCACGAACCUGAUCCUAUCGUCGACGGUCGAGCGGAUCUUUGCGAGCCCGGACUCGGAGGAUGCGAGUCAGGAGGUGGAGCACGGGCUGUACCUGAUACGCGGCGACAACGUCGCGGUGUGCGGCCUUGUCGACGAGGAGGUGGAAAUGGGAAUCGACUGGACCAAGGUUCGGGCCAAUCCGUUGGGCGGCAUGAAGCAUUCGUAGGGGAGCGGAGGGAGCGGAGGGACGAGAAUGAACACGGGACGAUGGCGAUUUUGAUAGUUUGAUGAUUGAUGGCGAUGUUUGGCUGCUCUUUUCCGAUGCUUUUGCUCAUUACUACGGCGUUGAGGAGGGAGACGGUUCGUGUAUAUACUCUAUUUCACUUCACUUCGAUUCACUGCGAUCUGGUUCUUGCACGUAUGUGGGGAGGAACGUGUCG